AUGGACACCUUCAAUCUCCCGGAAGUACCCCGGUCAGAGCCUGUCCUUCCUCCAGAGCCACCCUCAUCCCCGCCGUCUAUUGCUUCCGAUACUCGCAGACCUAGAAAGCCACCGACUGUAACGCCCCGGUCAUUCCGUCGAUUCUUUACCCCGCGCUCUUUAUUACCAGUCGGGGAUACUUCUAUCACGCCCUCAACUAGCCGCCAGGCAUUACGGGCACUAUCAUCGCCCGCGGUGAAUCGUCUAGGACCGGCCUUUUCAAGAACCUCUAAGGCUGGCAGCACCAGAAGCCCCCACGAUGGCUUACCGGAGGACUUCAUUCGCACCCCAAGCAGGAAAAGAAAGAACUCAUUCUCUUCAGUCGUCUCGCCGCAAUCCUCGCCUCUGAAGAGAGUUCGUGUCCGGUCUCCGACGCAGGAUGUGGAACAAGAUAUUAAAAUUUCAAACAUCAACAUCCGCCUUGAUGCAUCAGCACCGCCGAGUCCACCCAAACGAAAUCCCCCCGUGGCCCCUGUGCGCCGCUCCCAGGCAUUGCAAUCAUCCGGUGCUUUAUUUAUGCGAAAUGUGAUGGGGGCUCGAGCAAAUAAAGUAACUCUACGAUCUAACUCUGGCGCUGGCUGGCAAGAUCUAACUUCCAACUUCUAUUCGAAACCGCGGGACCGUCACAUGUGUUCUAGCUAUGGAUCGGAGCGUUCAGUGGCCCUCCCAUUUUGUAAUGCUUCAUGCAACACAAAUUCUCUUGUUGCAGUGGGCGAUGAAGAGGGUGGAAUUCGGCUCUUGGAUUCAUCGAUUGACGAGGAUCCUGGAUUCGCUGAUGCAUACCUUGGGUUCCGUCCGCACAUGAAUUCGAUUAUGGAUCUCGAGUUCUCAUCGGACGACAUGCUACUGGCUACAGCAUCUGGAGACCAAACAUCUCUUAUUAUUGAUAUGACAACACAACGACCUAUCCACUGCUUAUCGAAUCACUCAUCCUCCGUUAAGCGUGUCCAAUUCCAACCAGCAUCCAACAAUAAGGUUCUUGCUACUUGCAGUCGGGAUGGAAAUGUGAAUAUCUGGGAUCUCCGCUGCAAGGGGUUUGAACGGCCUGCAUUGCAAGUCCAAUGCUCCCUAUCCGAGACCGAAAAUGUCGUGACCACUGCGCAGCCAAAGAUGUUAUACCCACAUGUUCUGAAUACCAUUCAAGGUGCUCAUGCAUACACGACCUCUCAUAAACCGACCACGGACAAAAAUGAUGCGCCACCAAUUGGCCGAACCGACAUCACCGUUACUUCCCUCGCUUUUCUCUCGCCUGGACGCGAAAAUCUUUUUGUUACGGCUUCCGAGGCUAGCGCAAGCGUCAGACUGUGGGAUUUGCGAACAGCCCAUAACAAUCGCCGUGGUCGACCCGUCAUUCCUCUAUCUACAACGCAAGAGCCAGAAAGCCAUGUGAAGUACCGACGCUUUGGUCUAACUUCCAUGGCAUUUGGAGGAGAUGGCUCACGCUUAUACACACUUUGCCGGGAUAAUACUGUUUACACAUAUUCGACAUCACACUUAAUUCUCGGGCAUGCUCCUGAACUCUCGCUCAACAACAACCGUCCACGAAGGACUGGAGGCUCCGACAAGGACGGUCUUGGGCCUCUCUAUGGUUUCCGCCAUCCUCGCCUCCAAAUAUCCUCAUUCUAUGUGAAGUUGGCUGUGCGCAAAGCAAGCUACGAUCAUCCGGAGAUGUUGGCAACUGGGAGCAGUGACCACUGCCCCAUCCUCUUCCCUACCGAUGAACGAUUUCUCAAUUCUACCGUGAAAACACCAGCCGAAUCUCUGCCUAGCAGGACUUCCCUUUUCACCACUCGCUCAGGUCUUCGUCGCACCAACUCUGGAAUCGGCUUGUCCGGCCGUCUCGAAGAUACCAUCCCAAUUUACCAAUCAGGCACUCCCCUCAUCGAAGGUCAUCAGAAAGAGGUCACUGGUUUGUCCUGGACACCAUCUGGCGAACUCAUUUCCGUGAGUGAUGACUACGAUGCUCGAUGCUGGCGUGAGGGACCUGAGGCUCGCGAGCUUCGAAACGGUGGUGAAACUGAGGGUAAACGCCACAUGUGUGGCUGGGCUGAUAUGAAAGACUCAAUUGACGAUGAAGAUGAAUGA